CGCCUCCUAGGCUUUGUUCUGCAGCCGCGGCGAGCGACGAUGGGAGGGGGGAUUGGGAAGAGGGAGUGGCCUGGUAUAAAUAGUGCCGCGCGCGCCCACAUCGGCCAUUCUGGGGUCUGUUUAAAGGUUUGCUUGGGUCUUGAGAAACCGUUGAACUUGCAUCGAGAAACAAAGAACAGUUCCCCCACAGUUGAGCUUCUGAGACGACACACAAAAAAGCCAGCUAUAUUUCUGAUCGUCUGUACUGGGAAGCUGUUAAAUUCUUUGUGAUCCGAAGAAGAACAACUGCCACUAAAAACAUAAAAAAACCAAAAUUAAUAUUUAGCAACAACUUAACCCUGAUUUUUUUGUCAAGUAACUUUUUGUUACUUACAACCAAAAAGUUGCUAUUUUUUUUCAGAAAAUGAGCAAAACCAAAUUCAUUUUUUUCUUUAAAAACACAGCUUAAUCCAAAAGUAAACGAGGCGCUGUCGACGAGAAAAUUAAUUGGAUAUGCUGGAAAAUGCCAGAUUGACAGCUCUGGAGACUGAAGUCCUCUCUUCACCACCAAAACAGGCUAAGCCAAAGCAUCAUCAAGUCUUCCUCACCAGUGUAAUACUGCAUUGAAAGUGGAAAAGGCCAUAUUGUGGGGUGAAAGGGGAGUUUCAGUCUCCAAAGCCCACUUGGUCAUUUGGCCUUUCCACCACAGGGUGAAUUCAUUAACAUGGAUCUCCAGCACAAAUGCUUCACAACUGGACAGAAGCCAUGCACAGAUCUCUUCAAGCAACUGCAAGCUGGCUUUUCCACCAUGGGCUCCAGGCCAAUAGAUCCAAAAGAGCUUCUGAAAGGACUGGACUGUUUCCUUGGCAAAGAUGGAGAAGUCAAAAGCCAUGAAGGCAUCACUAAAAUUUUCAACUUAAUGAAAGAGGCACAGAAGAUGGUUAGUCGCUGCGUAUAUCUGAACAUAUUGCUGCAGACCCGAGCACAAGACAUACUCUCAAAAUUCAUCAAGGUUGGUGGCUACAAGCUUCUUAACACAUGGUUAACCAGCUCAAAAGCAUCCAAUAAUGUGCCGCUUCUCCAGCAGAUUUUGCUCACGCUACAACACCUGCCUCUUACAGUAGAUCAUCUCAAACAAAACAACACGGCCAAGUUGGUGAAACAGCUCAGCAAGUCAAGCGAAGAUGAAGAGCUUCGCAGAUUGGCGUCUGUACUGGUCAGCGAUUGGAUGGGUGUCAUCCGCUCCCAGAGUAGCUCCCAACCGGCAGAGCGAGAUAAGAAAAAACGCAAAGAGGAAAAUAAAAGUAAGACGCCUGCUCAAGAGAAGCCUCAGGAAGCCAAAUCCGAAGUGAAACCAGAGGAGACACCAGAGAAGAAAAAAGAAAAGCCAAAAUCUCUCCGUACUACAGCACCUAGCCAUGCCAAGUUCCGUUCUACUGGUUUGGAAAUGGAGACUCCAUCGCUUCUCCCAGUAAAGAAGAACAGCAAUGCUGCAACCAACUCUGACAAAUACAACCUGAAGCCAAUACCACUGAAGCGACAGAAUUCGUCAGCCCCAGUUGGGGAGAACCCGCCAGCCGAGAAGAAAUACAAGCCUCUUAACACCACCCCCAAUGCUACCAAAGAAAUUAAAGUGAAGAUAAUUCCUGCACAACCUAUGGAAGGCUUGGGAUUCUUGGAUGCCCUAAAUUCAGCUCCUGUCCCAGGAAUCAAGAUCAAAAAGAAAAAGAAAGUGCUCUCUCCAACUGCAGCAAAGCCAAGUCCAUUUGAAGGAAAGCCAGCCCCAGAAACCAGCGCUGCCAAGCCGUCUUCCCCAGAGCUUACCACAACCUCAGAACCAAUGGAUGUGGAUAGACCUGGGACCCCUGUCCCAGCAGUGGAGGUGCCUGAGCCGAUGGAGACAAGCUCUUCUGAACAGGGUGGGCUGCUGGAACCCAAGCCGGCUGAGAGCCCAGUGGAUUCCACACAGUUGACCAAGAAGGGCAAGAAGAAGAAGUCUGUCCGCUGGCCGGAGGACAGCAAACUGCGAGAAUAUUUCUACUUUGAACUGGACGAGACUGAGCGAGUGAACGUGAACAAAAUCAAGGACUUUGGUGAGGCUGCAAAGCGAGAAAUGCUGAAGGAUCGCAAAGCUUUUGAGACAGCCCGCCGGCUCAGUCAUGAUGCCAUGGAAGAGAUGAUCCCCUGGAUCUAUCCUAAACCCAUUGACUUACCUGCUCCGCUGGUGCAGCCAGGAAGUGGCAGCCAGGAGAAAUUUACCCAGGCCGAACGCGAGAAGGGCAUUUUACAGGAAAUCUUUCUCUCGAAAGAGAGUGUGCCUGACAGCCCUCAUGAGCCUGACCCAGAAUCCUACGAGCCAGUUCCACCCAAGCUCAUUCCUCUGGAUGAGGAAUGCUCCAUGGAUGAGGCCACCUACGAGGAAAGACUCCACCCGGCCACCGCCUCGCAGUCUCCGGACGGAGCUGGGGGCUCCAAGCUGCCCCCGGUCCUGGCCAACCUCAUGGGCAGCAUGGGGGCAGGGAAGACCCCGCAGGGCCCCAACCCCAACUCCUCUCUCAACGUGCAAGAGAUCCUCACCUCCAUCAUGGGUGGCUCUAACAAUCAUAAAGCAGAAGAGCUGAUGAAGCAGCCAGAUUAUUCAGACAAGAUCAAGCAUUUGCUGGGCAACUUGCAGGGCCAGCCUGGACCAAGUCCUUCUGGAGUUCCACAUGGACUUCUUGGGCCAGGACCUGGGCCAGUCCCUAAUGGAUUUCCACCCGGUCCCAAAAAUAUGCAGCAUUUCCCUCCCGGAGGGCCAGGACCCAUGCCUGGACCCCAUGGAGGCCCAGGUGGCCCCAAUAUGCUCCCAGGCCCUGGUGGGCCCGGUGGACCUCGGAUGAUGGGCCCACCUCCACCUCAGUGUAAUGAUGGCUACUGGGACCCUCCUGAUGGUGGCAUGCGUGGCGGCCCCCACGGAGGCAUGAGAGGCGGCAGUCCCGGCCCAGGCCCGGGCCCUUUCCACCGUGGACGUGGCGGCCGAGGCGGAGAGCCCCCUUUCCGUGGACGAGGCAGCAGCGGACGGAGUGGUGGCCCCCCCAAUGGUAGGGGUGGCCCUCCCAACAACAGCAUGGGCGGUGGCCACGGUGGGGGACAUGGCGGCGGCCACGGAGGUCAUGGAGGAGGAGGAGGUCACCCGGGGGAUCACAGCAGGGGACAUCCAGGCGGUCAUCCAGGGGACCACGGCCGGGGACAUCCAGGCGGUCAUCCAGGGGACCACGGCCGGGGAUAUCCAGGGGACCACGGCAGGGGACAUCCUGGCGACCACGGCAGAGGUCACCCAGGGGACCACGGCAGAGGUCACCCAGGGGACCACGGCUGGGGGCAUGGAGGCGGCCAUGGCGGAGAUCGGUCAAAACGCCCCGUAUGUCGGCACUUCACGAUGAAAGGCAGCUGCAGGUACGAGAACAACUGUGCCUUCUACCACCCUGGCGUGAACGGGCCGCCCUUGCCCUAGCCCUAGUACUAGGGUAUCAGCCCCCUCUCCCCAUCUUCUGUGGUAUUGACGCACAUUCCUCUCCCGUGGACUCUGGGGCUUCAGACUCCGGGCUGCAUCCACCUUUUUAUGGCUUCUGUGAGGCUCUUGAAAUGCUUGGGGGCGGGGAGAGGAUUCCUGAGGCGUUGUCUGCUGCUACUGAUGAAUUGCCACAUCCCGCCCCCCCGAAAGGAACCACUUCUCCCUUCUCUCGGUGGGGGCAGCGAGGACACCAUGGACUUGAAGCACAAGAACUUGUUUGUACAUACACUUGUGAAGCCAGCCAAGGCACCAGGGGCAGAGGCUCUGGCUCCUUACCCUGCCUGGACUCUCCCGUUGGAGAUUUUGAGGAACCAGGCCUGCACUGGAGAUUUUGUUUUGUUUUACUUUGCCCUGGAUGAACAGAUGGCAUGGGCCGGUCUGUCCUUUUUAGAAACAUGGGUGUGAGGUGGGGUGAAGCAGCUGCCUGCGGCUCAUUCUGUGGCACCUGAGAUCAAGGAACUGCUCUUGUCUGAAAGCAGACGCCCCUGCCCCAAAGCUGCUGCCCGAAGGGAGACUUCUACUUGCACAGUCUUGAUCCACAGUGUCCCAUUUUCCCCUCUGUAAAAUGCCCCCUGCAGUGUCCCCACUGACUGCAGAGAUAUGAUACCUCUCGGUGCUAAGCCCGUCAUUGGGGGAAAACCUCCAAACUGUUUUCUAUGAAAACUCAAGCUUGACUCUAAUGAUUUAGGGGGUAAUUUUUGUUUUCCUGAGUACACUGUCGAUCGUGGGUUUUUAAAACUGUCUCGCAUGAUGGAGACUAUUCACUACAUCUCCUGUCUCCCUCUCUCCUUGAAGUAGGUGCAGCUAUCCCUUCUCCUGAGAGAGAAAAACCUGUCUCCUAUGUUUUGUAUAUUUUGUACAUUAGUAAUAAACAUGGUGGAAAACAAUGAAAUAUCUAAUUUAACA